GGGUCUGGGGGAGGCAACAUGGUGGCCUCUGGGAUCCCAGCUUUGAGCCUUUUCCUGCUGAUGCAGGGCUCAGUAGAUGGGAAUGGAAUCCAGGGAUUCUUCUAUCCAUGGAGCUGUGAGGGAGAUGUGUGGGACCGGGAGAGCUGUGGGGGCCAGGCCGCAAUCGAGAAUCCCAAUCUCUGUCUGCGUCUACGCUGCUGCUACCGUGAUGGGGUCUGCUACCACCAGCGGCCAGAUGAAACUAUGCGGAGGAAGCAUAUGUGGGCGCUGGGCUGGACAUGUGGAGGCCUCCUCUUCCUAAUCUCCAGCAUCUGCUUGUUCUGGUGGGCCAAGCGCCGGGACAUGCUGCACCUUCCAGGGUUCUUAAAGGGCAAAUGUGACCUGUCGAGGACCGUCUCUCUGUUAUCCAAGGACCGGGGGACUCUGAGUGAUAAAAAGACAUCUGCGGGCAGCGUGCCAACCUCCCUUCCUACGGAGGGGAACGCGGAUGUGUCAGGAGCCACUGAAGGGGAAGGGACGACAGAAGGGGGUGAAGAAACAGAAGGUGGAGAGGACGAAGAUUAGGGGCACCCCUGGGGGGACCCCACAAUACAGAUAUAGCAUAUGGA